GUUUCCUCUCCGCUGAGGUGUUCCUGCCCCAGCCUCAGGGUGGCCUGGAGGGAGGCAGAGAACUCUCCUGUCCGCUCUCAGGGUCUUUUGCCCGCAUGUCAUCCAGGGGGUCCGUUCUGACAGCUUCCUGUGUGUCAAACUCAGGGUCCCGGAGUGAUGCCCAGGCCCUGAAUGGAGCCCCAGGAGGUCCCCAGCCCCCCUUUUCUUGCGGGGACGAGGCCAGUGUCCUGUCCCAGCAGCACCUGGGCAGGAGUAUCCGCGUGGAGUCAGUGGACGGCUGCUGGCUGAGCUCUGCACUGGCACCGAUGAGUGGCCCUUGGAGGCCCCCCACCUGGUGGGAGGGAGUUUGGCCCGUUGUUGGGAUCCCCAGAGGCUUCCUUUCAGGGGCUCUUCCCUCUCCCUCUCCGGUCCCCUGGUUUCUGCCCUCCUGGAAGUCAGUGCUCCGGUUUUCUCGAUUGUCAGUCCUCUCCCCUCCUCUAGGAUGUGCUGCUAUUAAUAACUCUCAAGUCCCCGCUCCCCUCCUUCCCGCAGCUCUAACAGAGGAGAGGGCUGCGGUUGGCGUGGCUCCAUGCUGGAGUGUCAGGGAUCUGGGGGACUCCCCCGAUAGGGCCCCUCACCUCGCUCAGUGACAGGGGCCCCAGGAAAGGGAUUUGGGCGGUGAGAGGCCAGGUCCUCCUUGAUGCGGGCAGCUGCCCUCGGGGCUGCGGGCCUACAGCAGCCAUUUCCUGCCCAGCCUCUCCUCCGGUGGGCGCCUCCCGACCCCCGGGCUCCCCGCGGUGCCUCCCCUGCUGAACGGGCCAGCCCCCGACAUCUGGCAGAGCCCCUGCCGGUCCCCCCUCUCCCUGCUCCCUCCCCUCCGCCCUCCAGCACCGGCAGCCCGGCCUCUGCCUCCGCCUCCUCCCUCCCUCGAUCUGCAGCAUGACUGGGAACAGGCUGAAUUAAUCAGCAGAUUGAAGCUCCACUCCGCUGCUGCCGCCGCUGCACCGGCUCCUCCUCGCUCACACGCGCUCCAGCCCUCUCCCCUGUUCUCCCCUGCCCUCCCUCACCCUCUCCGUUUCCCGUCUCCUUCUCGCCCUCCCCGGGGGCGGUGUUGGCAGCCCGGUAGCUGACUCGCUUGUGGCCCAGGCGCUGCCCCAUGCUCUUUAAGCGGGCAGAGCUGUGGACGGCCCCGCAGGGCAAAGGCGGCAAAGGCGAGCCGCCCUUGGCCCUGGGCCUGUCCACCCGGAAGGCCCUCAGCAUUCUGAAGGAACAGCUGGAGGCAGUGCUGGACGGACACCUGAAGGAGCGGAAGAAAUGUCUCACGUGGAAGGAGAUGUGGAGAAGCAGCUUCUUGCACCACGGGAACCGCUGCUCCUGUUUCCACUGGCCGGGCGCCUCGCUCACGCUCCUGGCCGUGGUUUUGCUGCUCGCUUGCUGCGGGGGCCAGCCGGCCGGCAGCCGCGGGGUGGAGCUGGGGAACGCCUGCGCGCUCUUCCUCCUGCUGCUCCUCAACCUCAUCCUCACUGGGCGGCAAGACCGGCUGAAGCGUCGGGAGGUAGAAUGGAGACUACGGGGCGUCAUUGGCCAAAUCCAGGAUGCCCUCAGGGAUGGCAAGGAGGUCAAGUGGCCAGAUGCCAUGUACCCAGACCUCCACAUGCCGUUCGCACCAUCCUGGUCUCUGCACUGGGCCUAUAGAGAUGGACAUCUCGUCAACCUGCCGGUCAGCCUGCUGGUGGAAGGAGACAUCAUAGCUCUGAGGCCGGGCCAGGAAUCCUUUGCUUCCCUGCGGGGCAUCAAGGACGACGAGCACAUCGUCUUGGAGCCGGGAGACCUGUUCCCCCCUUUCUCGCCGCCCCCGUCCCCCCGGGGAGAAGUGAAGAAAGGGCCGCAGAACCCCCAGCAGCACCGGCUCUUCCGUGUCCUUGAGACCCCCGUGAUCGACAACAUCAGGUGGUGCCUGGACAUGGCCCUGUCCCGCCCGGUGACCGCUCUGGACAACGAGAGGUUCACGGUGCAGUCGGUGAUGCUGCGCUACGCAGUGCCCGUGGUCCUGGCCAGCUUCCUCAUCACCAAUGCCCUGCGCUUCAUGCUGAAUGCCCCGGGUGUCACCACCUGGCAAUAUACCCUCCUCCAGCUGCAGGUGAAUGGCGUCCUGCCCAUCCUCCCCCUGCUCUUCCCGGUCCUCUGGGUCCUGGCAACCGCCUGUGGAGAAGCCCGCGUCCUGGCCCAGAUGAGCAAGGCCUCCCCCAGCUCCCUGCUGGCCAAGUUCUCAGAGGACACUCUCAGCAGCUAUACGGAAGCCGUGUCCCCUCAGGAGAUGCUGCGCUGCAUUUGGGGCCACUUCCUGCGGGUGAUCCAGGGGACGUCGCCCACACUGAGCCACAGCUCCAGCCUGCUGCACAGCCUGGGCUCUGUCACGGUCCUGUGCUGUGUGGACAAACAGGGGAUCCUGUCGUGGCCCAACCCUAGCCCAGAGACCGUGCUGUUCUUCAGCGGGAAGGUGGAGCCCCCGCACAGCAGCCACGAGGACCUCACGGACGACCUGUCCACCCGCUCCUUCUGCCAUCCCGAGGUGGAGGAGGAGCCCCACGAACGCGACGCCCUCCUGGCCGGCUCCCUGAACGUCCCCCUGCACCUUUCCAAUGAGCAGGAGCGCAGCGGCAACUGGCCAGGCGACGGUCCCAAGGCGCCUGAGCCCCACCCUCACCACCGGGCACACAGCCGCAGCAAACACCUGUCUGGCUCCAGCGUGAGCUUCAGCAGGGACACUGAAGGCGGCGAAGAUGACGACCCCGGCAAGACCCAGCACAGGCCAGAGGGGGAGCCCUACGAAGCCGAGGACUUCGUGUGUGACUACCACCUGGAGAUGCUCAGCCUGUCCCAGGACCAGCAGAACCCCUCCUGCAUCCAGUUCGAUGACUCCAACUGGCAGCUGCACCUCACCUCGCUCAAGCCGCUGGGCCUCAAUGUGCUGCUGAACCUGUGCGACGCCAGCGUCACUGAGCGGCUCUGCCGGUUCUCAGACCACCUGUGCAACGUCGCCCUGCAGGAGAGCCGCAGCGCCGUGCUGCCCGUGCGCGUGCCCUGGGGCCUCUGCGAGCUCGCCCGCCUCAUCGGCUUCACUCCCGGGGCCAAGGAGCUCUUCACGCAGGGGAACCACCUCGCACUCUACCGUCUCCCCAGUGCUGAGACCAUGAAGGAGACCUCACUGGGGAGGCUGUCCUGCGUCACCAAGCGGCGGCCCCCGCUCAGCCACAUGAUCAGCCUCUUCAUCAAGGACACCACCACCAGCACAGAGCAGAUGCUGUCCCACGGCACGGCCGACGUGGUCUUGGAGGCCUGCACAGACUUCUGGGACGGAGCUGACAUCUACCCUCUUUCGGGUUCCGACAGAAAGAAAGUGCUGGAUUUCUACCAGCGAGCCUGUCUGUCUGGUUACUGCUCUGCCUUCGCCUACAAGCCCAUGAGCUGUGCCCUGUCCUCCCAGCUCAACGGCAAGUGCAUCGAGCUGGUGCAGGCGCCCGGCCAGAACAGCAUCUUCACCACGUGCGAGCUGCCCAGCACCAUUCCCAUCAAGCUGAGCGCCCGCCGCGGCAGCUGGAGCUCAGACGAAGGGAUCGGGGAGGUGCUGGAGAAGGAAGACUGCGUGCAGGCCCUGAGCGGCCAGAUCUUCAUGGGCAUGGUGUCCUCCCAGUACCAGGCCCGCCUGGACAUUGUGCGCCUCAUCGACGGGCUGGUCAACGCCUGCAUCCGCUUCGUCUACUUCUCGUUGGAGGAUGAGCUCAAAAGCAAGGUGUUUGCGGAGAAGAUGGGCCUGGAGACGGGCUGGAAUUGCCACAUCUCCCUCACGCCCAACGGUGACAUGCCCGGCUCCGAGAUCCCCCCCUCCAGCCCCAGCCACGCUGGCUCCCUGCAUGACGACCUGAACCAGGCGUCCCGAGACGACGCGGAAGGACUCCUUCUAAUGGAGGAGGAGGGUCACUCGGACCUCAUUAGCUUCCAGCCCACGGACAGCGACCUCCCCAGCUUCCUGGAAGACUGCAAUCGGGCCAAGCUGCCCCGGGGCAUCCACCAGGUGCGGCCCCACCUGCAGAACAUCGACAACGUGCCCCUGCUGGUGCCCCUCUUCACCGACUGCACCCCCGAGACCAUGUGUGAGAUGAUCAAGAUCAUGCAGGAGUACGGGGAGGUGACCUGCUGCCUGGGCAGCUCCGCCAACCUGCGGAACAGCUGCCUCUUCCUCCAGAGCGACGUCAGCAUCGCCCUGGACCCCCUGUACCCAUCCCGCUGCUCCUGGGAGACCUUCGGCUACGCCACCAGCACCAGCAUGGCCCAGGCCUCGGAUGGCCUUUCCCCUCUGCAGCUCUCAGGGCAGCUCAACAGCCUGCCCUGCUCGCUGACCUUCCGCCAGGAGGAAACCAUCAGCAUCAUCCGGCUCAUCGAGCAGGCCCGGCACGCCACCUACGGCAUCCGCAAGUGCUUCCUCUUCCUGCUGCAGUGCCAGCUGACGCUUGUGGUCAUCCAGUUCCUCUCUUGCCUCGUCCAGCUGCCUCCAAUCCUCAGCACCACCGACAUCCUGUGGCUGUCCUGUUUUUGCUACCCUCUGCUCAGCAUCUCUCUGCUGGGAAAGCCCCCACAUAGCUCCAUCAUGUCUAUGGCAACGGGGAAGAACCUUCAGUCCAUUCCUAAGAAGACCCAGCACUACUUCCUGCUGUGCUUCUUGCUGAAGUUCAGCCUCACCAUCAGCUCGUGCCUCAUCUGCUUUGCCUUCACACUGCAGAGCUUUUGCGACAGGUCCCGGGCCCGCAACCUCACCAACUGCUCCUCCAUCAUGCUGCCCAGCCACGCCGACGCAGCCCCAGCCUGGUUUCAUGACUUCGCCAACGGGCUGCUGUCGGCUCAGAAACUCGCCGCUGCCCUGAUUGUCCUACACACUGUCUUCAUCUCCAUCACCCACGUGCACCGCACCAAGCCCCUGUGGAGGAAGAGCCCCCUGACGAACCUGUGGUGGGCCGUGACCGUGCCCGUGGUGCUGCUGGGGCAGGUGGCCCAGACGGCAGUGGACCUGCAGCUGUGGACACACAGGGACAGCCGUGUCCACUUCGGCCUGGAGGACGUGCCUCUGCUGACGUGGCUCCUGGGCUGCCUGUCCCUGGUCCUCGUGGUAGUCACCAAUGAGGUUGUGAAGCUGCACGAGAUCCGGGUCCGCGUCCGCUACCAGAAGCGACAGAAGCUGCAGUUUGAAACUAAGCUGGGCAUGAACUCUCCCUUCUGAGCCGCUGGCCAUGGCGGCCAUAGUUGCCAUGGUCUCUGGGGCUGAAGCCGCACCCACUUCUGCAUCUGCGGAGUUGAUAUCAUGAACGUUUCAGGGUUUGCUCCCGCGCCGCGUGGCCCUGGAGGCCCAGCUCCCGGUGUCAGACCCAGCUGUGGUCCCCGUCCCGGGGCUUCCUGCAGAGAUGUGGAGCUGCAGCCUCCGUCCAGGACCGUCUGGCUCUUCCUCGCCAUGGGGAGACCCCCGGGCUCUUGAAUGUAUGACCUCGUGUGCUUAGCAGAGGGGCCCUCGGCCCCCUCCACCUGUGGGCUGCCCCCCUCCAGGGCCCCCUGACCAAGUGCCGCCUGGCCUUUGGGCAGAGCCAUGGACCGUGGGGCAUCUGGUGGGAGGGCAGUUCUGGGAUGUGCCGGCGGUCCUCCAGGGCGCCGCUGGAGGCUGAGGCAGCAGGGCGCCCUCCCCGGGCCCUCUUCAUCCUGUCUUCCUGGGGCAGAGCCCGCUCCUCCUCUGUGGGGGCCUCACGCUGGGGCCCAAAGACGGAGCCGAGCCCCAACGUGGCUCGAGAACAUCCUCCUGGGCCGCCCUUGGGCAGACCAUGGAGCCAGUCCUGGAGGCAUGGCCCGGGACCUCCUUCCAGCCUCAGCCCCAAUUACCCUGUGAGAAUGUUUUUACUGGUGUAUAUUUUUUACUGGAAAUGAGCCUUUUGGGAAUGAAUACAGACUGGUUUGUAUUAAAACUUAUAAACUCCUGAAGCAAAACCUGUGGCUGGUCCCUGAGGCAGCCACGAAGGGGCCCACCCAAGGGUCGGGCCAGUGAGGGAUCCCCUCCCUGAAGGUGAGUUGGGGGGGGCCCAGGCCUUCUCCCCACCCUCCACAUUGUGGGGGGCCACUCAGGUCGGGCUCAGGCGCGACCCCUGGGCUCAGAGGUUUAUGGCGCACAUCCAAACACACACAGCACGGUCUUGUGGAAUGACACUUUUAUUGGUGUUAGUUGGGGGAAGAGGUUAAAUGCUUACAGAGCUGGGGCCUGGGCCAGGCAUGUCAGGCUUGCAUCCCCAGGCGGGCAGUGGGUGCUCUCCCUGUGGUCCGAAGCCCCUCCCCCACUGUGUCCUCACAGGCAGUUAUAGAUAGAAUAAAUUCCAUUUAAAA